GAUCGAGCGGAUUCGAUCGAGCGGAUUCGAUCGAGGGCCGUCGGGGCAGCAUGAUUGGCCUCUGGGCCGCCAGAUCCGCCGGCUCCUCUGCAGUGCGGCUUCCGUGCGGCGGUACUUGCGAACCUGAGGAUGUCUUCGCCUCGCGCGGCAUCCCAGAGCAGCCGUUCGUCUCGCCACGCCCGGCCAUAGGCUCUCGACGGCGGCCACGGAUCAAUUGCCACGAUGCGCUCCUAUGACAAGACCAAGUAUAACCUCACUGUCGGCUUUAUAUUGAGUCCAUGGCCGAACUGGAUGCUUCUGGAAUAUGCAUAUAUGGCCCAGCUCGGGGCCAUGAUUGCCGUCGACCAUAUCAACAACAGCUCAUCGCUAAUGCGCGAUGCAACCAUCCAUCUGGUCGUGCAAAAUGCCUCUGCGAACUGGGGGAAAGCGGCGAUCGCCGUCAACGAUCUCCACGAGAUGGGCAACUUGGCCAUGGUGAUCGGGGACGUGGUCAGCCCGAUGAACAUUCAUUCCGCUGCCGUCAGCUCAUACUACGGCAUUCCGCAUCUCUGCCUCUCAUGCGGCGACGCCUCGCUCUCGGAUCCAGUUCAUUACAGCACCUUCCUGAGGAUGGUGUUCAUGAUCUCGAUUCUGUAUACCAUGGACUCGAUGUCGCUGUCGUCGCUCAAUCUGGCCCUUGAAGCAGCAGUUCUAUACAACAUGACCAUAUUGACAACCCAAGCAAUCCAGUUUGCUCCUUCCGUCAAUACAUCCAGCGGCAGCGCUGUGAUGGCCGCCCUCUCCCCUGUGUAUGAUAUCCUGAGGAACUUGGAAACCCGGAUCAUCGUUUUGAUAGCGGACUCGGUAUUAAAUGACGAUAUCUACUUCAGCGCAGCCGCCUAUGGGCUUGCCGGCCCCGACUAUGCCUGGAUCAGCUUCAAUCCACUUGGAAAUCUGUCAAAUGAUACAGCCAUCCAAAAGUACGGACGACAGGCGUUUCAGUCCCAAUAUCAUAACUUCAUUCGCGCAUCUUACAGCGUGGAGUCGGGCGAAAGCACAACAGAGUGUCUCGAAUACCAUAGUCACGAUGAUUACUACAUACAAAAUCGAUUGGGUGCCGAGCUCCCAAAUGAUCAACGUGAAUAUUUGAUAAACUACCCUUAUAGUAGCGGAUCUGAUGCUUUCGACGCUACAAUGGCGGUUCUAUUGACAUGGGACCGGAUUGUGAACGAGACCGGAUUCGAAGCCAAUGCAAUUUACAAUGGCUCGCUAACGGGACAGUGCACUCCGCAAAACAUAUCAGCGACACACUUCGACAGCAACCACAAUAUUAUCACGAUCGGAACGCUCUACGGGUACACGGAAUUCGGAGACAUAGUCUACGGAACAUAUAAUCAAACGAGCAUAAAUUUGAGCAUGUCAUCCUCCGGACAAUAUUUGAUCAACUCGCUCUUCUACAACGGAGUCAUCCCCAGUGAUAUGCCAACAUAUAUCGAGGACCAGCUACUGUACGGCGACCCAGUGGCCACAUUCAUUCUCGUCACACACGCCGUCAUUCUUACCAUGAUUGUGGUCUCGAUGGGCAUCAUCCUUGUGUACCGAAACAAGCCAUUAAUGAAGUCGAAGAGUCCACUGCUGAAUGCGAUUUUGAUGUUUGGCGAAGUUCUGGUUCUGGUUUCUGGUCUUAUAUACAUGCUGGAGCCGUCUCCGUGGACUUGCAUCUCCCAACCGUGGUUCCUGAGUCUCGGGCACAGCGCGAUGCAUUCUGGUGAAAACGUAUCGAACAACAAGAAGCUUGAAGCCCAUCUCAUCCCGAACCUGUUGCUGCUGAGCGUUACCUUAGGCAUAGCGUCGGCCAUGUCGAUCCUGCUCGUGGGCUGGACCUUCGCCAACCCAGUCUCCGUCACGACAGUGUUCACUUUGCAGACCGAGUACGCACAAUGCACGUUUUUAUCGUCUCCGGAGGUGUUUUGGACAAGCUCGGGCUCGCUCUAUGCUGCAAACGGCAUCCUGUUUCUGGCGACAGCAAUCAUGGCACGCAAAGCAAAGAGUAUUCCGGCCCAUAAGGGCGACUCUCUCAACAUCGAAAUCGCCCUGUACAACAUCGUGAUCUGCAGCGUCUUGAUCAUCGCCCAAAUCUACUGGAACGCCGCCUUUAUGCGGAUCAAGGCCAUCAGCCGACUUGUCAUCCAGCUGAUCGGAAUCGCUGUCUUUCACGCAUCGACGGUCGUGACAACCAUCAUGGCCUUUCUGACAGCCCAGUUUGGGAGCCCCUUAGACGACAUCAUCAACCUCAGCAUUAGCAACCUGGAUCAAGUCGGUGGGGAUUGGCCCCAAGCGGAGUCGACCAAGAGUAGCGAUAAUCCCAGUCAGACAUUUUGCUGGAAGCGGGAAGCCGGCAUAUUUUCUCGCUGGGUGACAGUCAAGAUCAGCUAUAUCCCUGCGCGAGAGCCGUAUUUGAUAUUCAUCGAGCCCAACGCCAUGAGACCUGGAGUAUCGGCGCCCUUAUCGCUGAUUUCAAUCGGCCCAUCCAAUGCGGAGCCAUCGUGCUUCCGGAUCUCCUGGCUGGCAGAGUCCUACCUUGUCGAGACUGGCGACGAGGAGCUGGCCUCACAGUGGAUCGCCAUGAUUACGUCGAGCAUCGAAAGGAUGAGCGUGAUGAGCGCCACUCCGAUUUCCCAAAGGACGUGA